AUGGUAUCUUCAGAUAAUGCUAUUAUUUUAAAGCCAACAGGCGACCCUAUGCCACUUGUUGGCUUCGGUACAUCGCAGGUACCUGAUGCCGAUACUGUUUAUCAUGCUUUAAAAAAUGGUUAUCGAUUAUUGGAUGGUGCAGGUGUUUACGGUAAUGAGAAAGAAGUGGGCGAUGGAAUUAAGAAAGCAAUCGAUGAUGGAAUUGUUAAACGUGAGGAUAUUUUCAUCACCUCCAAGUUAUGGAACACUUUUCAUAAAAAAGAACAUGUUAGACCAGCUCUUGAGAGAACCCUUAGUGAUCUUAAAGUAAAAUAUUUAGAUCUUUACUUGAUCCAUUUCCCUGUCUCUUUGAAAUAUGUUGAUCCAAAAGAACGUUAUCCUACUGGUUGGUAUUAUGAUGCCGAGAAUAAGUUUUGCAUUCAAGAAAAUGUCACCAUUAGAGAAACAUGGGAAGCCAUGGAAGAAUUGGUUGAUGCUGGAUUGGUUAGGAACAUUGGAAUUUCUAAUUUUAAGGCAGCGUUGAUAAUGGAUUUGUUGAAAUAUGCACGUGUCAAACCAUCAGUUCUACAAAUAGAACUUCAUCCAUACUUGACACAAGAACAAUUGGUAGAUUAUGUAAAAUCCCAAGGUUUGGCAGUGACUGCCUACUCAUCUCUAGGUGCACUUAGUUAUAAAUCUUUAGGAUUGAAAAAUGACCCUCAAUUGUUAAAAGAACCUAUAUUGGAACAGAUUGCAAAGAGGCACAAUAAAUCUACCGCUCAGCGUAAUAUUGGGGUUAUACCAAAAUCAAAUAAUCCAACUAGAGUUGUUGAAAAUCGUAAAAUCCUGGAAUUUACUUUGACCGACGAGGAGGUUAAAGAAAUCUCUUCACUGGACAGAAAAUUAAGAUUUAAUGAUCCCGGUAUAAAGGAUCCUGAUGUAACUUUUGGAGUUGGAAUUCCUAUUCACGCUUGA